CCCUCGGACACAGCAGAUCACCGUUCCACGGAAAGAGCUGAAGAUGUCGGCUCGGUCAUGUGAUCAGCUGUGUCCAAUCACAGCUGAUCACAUGUACACUGAUCAUCAGAGCACUGAUGAUCAGUGUGCCCUGAUGAUCUGUGUAGCCCCAGCAGCGCCACCUGUCAGUGUCCAUCAGUGCCAGCUCUCAGUGCUCAUCCAUGCCACCUGCCAGUGCCAAUCAAUGCCACUUCAGUGCCACAUUUCAGUGCCCAGCUGAGCUGCCUUUCAGUGUCACCCAUCAGUGCCAGUCAGUGCCACCUAUCAAUGUCAGUCAGUGCCACCUAUCAGUGCUGCCAAUCAGUGCCAUCUAUCAGUGCCAGUCAGUGCUGCCUAUCAGUGUGCAUCAGUGCCGCCUAUCAGUGCCCGUCGGUGCUGCCUAUCAGUGCCGCCUAUCAGUGCCAGUCAGUGCCGCCUAUCAGUGCCACAUAUCAGUGCCACCUAUCAGUGCCACCUAUCAG